CGUAAGCUGUGCUAUGCUUUUAACUGCUCACAAGAGUCUCCCACUCUGUAUAGACUUUUCAGUUUUUUGUCAAGCUCUGAGUCUCUCUCUACUUCGACGCAGCGUUUCGAUCGCCGGUAUGCUUCGCAGGCCUACGACGGCAGUCUCGCUGUGAGCUUUGAGGAUCCUAUCAUGGAUAGCGAUAAAGAUGUUGGCAAUGACUCUGACUCUUUUGUCAUUGUGAGCAAUGCCAAUUCUGUGUGCAGUGAUUCUGAAAGUGUCGUGGGUACUGAUUCCGAAAAUUAUGUCAUUGUGAGUCCUCAAAACAAUGUAGCUACAGAUUCCGGAGAAGAUCUAUUUGUUGGAAGCACACAACAGUCGAAGAAUGUGGAAAAAGACGCGUAUGUGUGUUCUGACUCUGACUCUGGUGAGAGCACUUAUUCUGAAGAAGCGGAUAAUGCUAGUUAUCUGAGUACCGAUUCUGAAGUCUUUCUAUUUGACGAAAGCGAACAGCAGUUGAAGAAUGAGGAUAUGAGUACUGAUUCUGUAGAAGAACUAUCUGAUGGAUUCGGAAAACAGUUGAAGAUUAUGGAUAAUCAACAUUACAUGGAUACUGUACUCCCUGGGAAACAGUUGAAGAUGAGGCAUUGUUCUUCUGAGUUUCACACAUAUCCAUGCAAAAGAAUCCGUCGUGCACAUGAUUGUUCUGAACUUCCCCGUGACGAAAGGCUUUAUAAUAAGAAAAUGGACAUCAGUGAUGUUGCAAUGGAGAAUGUUCUUCCUUUCCUCCCUGCGAAAAUGCUGUGCAGGUUGAGAACUGUUAGCAAACUGUGGGAUAAGUGGAUUUUUAGUCCUUUCUUCAGUCACAAGCAAACUUACUACUUCAGGGAAAUCUCUGGGCUUUUUUGUCAAGCCCCCGGUGGAAACCCUUACUUCCUCUCACUUGAUAAUGAUGCUUACGGCAUUCCCAGAUCUUACCUCAGCUUCUUGCCCGAACCAGUUACAGUAAAGGCCACUUGCAAUGGUCUGGUUUGCUGCCAGAGCGAAGACAGAGAAGAUACCUACUACAUUUGCAACCCUGUGAACAUGAGAUUUAGAAAGCUUCCCAAGUCAGGUUUCUAUCAUGGGCCUGAGUCUUACGCGGCACUAGCCUUUGAGCCUUCUGUGCUUGACUUUGAAGUGUGUUUUCAACUUGUAUGUGCCUUCUCUGUACCUGGUCAUCCAGGUGUCCAUUUUGAUAUGUACUCUUCAAGGUCAAGUGGUUGGGAACUCGCUGAGACAGUAUGCUAUGAACUGGAGACUACGGAGUUGGAAGGUUAUACCCUCUAUCUAAAGGGUGUACUCUUUUGGGAAACUUUAACUGGGGUCAUUUUGGCUUUCGAUGUGAAGGAGCAGCAAUAUGGUAUUCUGCCACUCCCCUUCAGCACAGGACCACGCGGUGUUAUUUCACAGAUGAAUGGAGAGCUGUGUUACAUUUUGCCUCGUGUUGAAUUCGGUCAGUUCUCCUUGGAGAUUUACGGUAAUAUGGACAUGAGCCUGAAGCAGAAAAUUUAUCUCGUCGGCCAGAUUUUCACCUCUUUUGUGGACACAGUUAGGUUAUUGGCUUGUGUGAAUGAUGAUGUGAUGCUAAUUCUUGUCGGACAGAGGGUGAUCGCGUAUGGUGUGAAAGCCGGGGAGGAAAAAGUUUUGAAAAUACUUGACUACGGCCUUGGUGCUGGUAAUGAAAGGUAUCUUCCAUAUGUGAACAGCCUUGUGCAGAUCUAGUUCUCUCUGCCUUCCAUUUUAUUAGGUGGUUUAUGUUUUGAACAAAUUGGUUUGAAGUUUCUCUUGUCCAUGGCUAUGUAAUUUGCCUUUGAGUUAGUACUCUAAAAGUACCUAUUUCUCGUUGGCUUCUUGUAGACCUGGUGCCUUGAUACAUAAGUGCUUUUGUCAGAUGGCGCUUUUGCUACCUCAAAUGAUAGUGUUUAUAAAUAAUAUGGUGCUUGAUAAUAAGCCCUGGUAAUUUGGCAGUUCA